CGGAAGUUGCCAUUUCGUUAUCAAUAAAAAACAGAAACAAUAGGCGACCAAUCGACAACUGCCUAUUGUACAGCUAUCUUGCAAAUAUGGUAUCUUUUCCGAGUUCCAGGUGCUGUUCUGACAGAAUUCCACCCGUGUUUCAAACCAGAAAUUCACUUUCUUAUUUUUCUCACUUUCGAGGAAUUAAUCUUUUGUUUUCGAAUUCUAGGAUUGACUUCCUUCCCAAUCAGGGCUAGUGAUACGUUGUCCUCCGCAGCGUCUGGGAAAUCAUUUCUAAAUCUGGUUUGCCUGGGUUACCAAGGAACUCACUCUGAAUUGGCCCCUGGCUGUAUUUUGAACGCUUUCUAAAAUGUAUCCAUUUUUGGCCUUGCAUUGACAUCACGUUGCUUUGAAUUUAUAAUGGACACCAGUGAAAAUGCUUUUGUGAAUGAAUAAGAAUGUCCUAGGUAAUGUGGAAACUGAAAAUUUAUCAUUUUAUAUUCGAGCAAUGCAAGGUUCUACUGCACCUAUCUUAGCGUGGUAAUGCGAGCAUUCAUUAUUGAUGCAUAUAUUGAUGCAGUUUCUUCAGACCAUAACAUUUUUCCCCGCUGUUUUUUAGCAUCUCUAGAUACCUCAUUGUAGGCCUUUUCAAAAUCAAUGAGCUUCCUAGAUUGUUUUAUCAUUUCCCUGUUUAAUUUUUGACCACUUCAGUGUAUAAUACUUCAAGAUUAUCUGACGCAUUGCUUCCUUGUACAAUGUCGGUCUGUCUAACUGCAUAACAUAAAGUCCAAUUAAAAUUUUCUCUUUCCCUCAAAAUACCUAUACAGACGAUCCAAUCACAAAACAGAGCUCUUCCUAGAUAAAAAGAAAUUUUUGUUGGUAACUUCAUUAAAAGCUUAAACUUUCUUUCUCUCAUUCCCUCUCAAUUUCACUUUAUCAUGAGGUAACCGCAAGUACCUGCAAAUACUUUUGAGUUGAAGAUGACGAUAGGUCUAUUCUAUAGAUAUCAAAGAAAAGGAUAGGGGCUUGAUAAGGAUAGAAAAGCUUAUUGAACCGCACCACUGAAAUUCCAACUUUGCACUUAUUCAUUUUUAAAAAAACUCUAGUUUUUAAAUUAGCUUAUAAAAGUUGGUGUUGGUAAAAGGAGGGAUUUGUAGAUAGAUCAUGAAACUUUCGAGGUUUUAUUAAUGGAUGUGAUGAAAAAAUUGUUUUUGGAAAUUGACAGGGUGCCUCACCCCAGCUCAACGGCAGGCUUAUGUUUCCCCACAAAAUGUGUAUUACCCCCUACAGUAAAGAAUUUCCCAACCAUGCAAUACCUCCUGCACAAAUACUUACUUUAGCGUACCAUUAUGUAACACAGCCUCAUUAAUAUUAAGCACAUUGUAGUGGUGGCAAAACCCUAAAAUAUUAAUUAAACAGUAUUCAAUAUGAAGCAGAAUUCAGACAUCUGCUAUCUCAUAAUCACAAGGAAGGAGCUAGGAUGCACUUUUGGAGGCUGGAGGAGAAUAACUUUUAUAAAUUAUUUAUGACUACUUUCCUUGUUAGUUUUUUAAUUUCCUUAAAAGUUUUCUAUUAAGAAUAUUACCUGCGGUUACGUAUUUGGUUUUCGAUGAUCCAAUGAUUUUUCAAUGUAAAGCGAAUAUCUGCAAGUAGGAAGGAAGGAGACAAAUGAAGUGAUGGGGAGGCUCGAAACAUGGUUCUUUUUGCCAUAUGCUCUUGCAUUGCAAAAUGUAUUGUUUUCCUAUGGCCACAUUUUGCGAUUAAAUUGCAAGAUAGAAGCAAAUUUUGUCAUUAAAAAAGUUGGUUACAGCGUAAACAGUAACCCCAUCGCGAAAUAUAGGCACGUUGAUACAAGACAGUGCCGGGAAUAUUGUCUUCGUAACCCGGCUUGCAAAGCUAUAAAUACGAGAGUCAAACACAAUCGUGCAGAUCUCUGCUACCUUUAUGACAAAUCCAGUUCAGAUGUAAUGGACUUUGUAGCGUUUGAUGAAGCCAUCCAUUGGGACUACUACACUACGAAUUACUCAAACCAUUUGAUCGGUUCAAACUGUAAAAAGCAUGGCAAAAAUAAAUGCAACAAGCACCAGCUGUGUAUUGAUACUUGUGAAUGCCCUGGUUACCGAUGCUACGACUGUCACAAUGCCCCAACAGGCUAUCAUUGUAACUGGCAUUGAAAUGGUUUGUCAUGCACAGGCAACUGAUAAAGGGAUGGAAAACAGCCAUCAAACUUGCAAAAACAAUGGUCCUUGCCAGUGUUGUUCGUCAAUAUUAAACGUUUGCUUUAGGCAGUGUAGCAACUAGCGCUGUUAAAUAUCGAUCGAUUUAUGAGAAAUUCGCUUAUCGAAUAAGCGAAAAUGUUGCGGAUAUCAAAUAGAUGUGAGUUAAUAUUAAUUCGUACAUUUGAUGAAUGCCGGUCUGUUAAUCUAGUCUAGUUAACAGUUUUGAUCUUUAAUUGCAAAGUCUGCUUCAGACCUUUUUGAUAAAGUUGAUAUUCUAAGAACUGUCGCUUGAUAACGUAAUUAAUUUCCGAAUUCAAAGCUAUGACAUGCAAAAAGCCAGAUUUGAUUGUCCAUAAAAUUUUCCACCACUUGUGUCAUAUUUUACUGAUUAUCAUAACAUGUUGCUUUUCUUCGUUUGAAUACACUAAAAUGCGGCGAAUAGGUAAGGCAUAGGGCCUAAACUACACGAUGAUGCAUUUUUCGACAAAAGAUGAAAAAAAUAUGUUGCAGUCUCGUAAUUGUCCCUCGUAAUUGUGCAUUGCAAAGAUUAAGGGAUAAUGUUAGUGGCAUAGCAGAAGGAUAUAGGGUGAAGAUGGUCAUGGGAAGCAGAAUGAAAAGCAAAAUAGAAUAAGAAGAAGAACGUACAUUCUAAUUAUCGAUUUGAAUACGGUUUACUUGAAACCUGCGGUUCUUGGCGAUAAAUCUAGAACAAAAAAAUCUGAGUGCAAGACCUGGUUUAAUUUCAAAGUUUUAGUCUCUGAACCUAAUACAUCAAGUGCUUUUAGAAGAGCUUAUUUACUUUAGGUGGAAGAUUUUAUCUGGGAUACAGAAGAGACGGGAUGUGAGUAACGCUGGGGAAAAACCCAAGGACUAGGACUCUGCUGGACUUACUUUGCACUCAAUUUCUGACAAAAUGUUGCAUUAUGAAGCAAUCAUUGCAUUUUCCUUUUAGUUGAAUGCUCUGUAAGUUGAUUUAGACUCCAUGAAAUAGCGAAGAAAACCCCAGAAACAGAACUGCAGAGGCUGAAAAUUUUAGAGGAUAUAAUUAUACUUUAAUAAAGUUUUCAGGAACACACAAAAGUGUACUGGGGACAUUUUAACUUUUAUGAAUUUAUAAUUGAUCAAAGAUCAAGUAAAUUCCAGCAACUGUUGCGAAUGCAAGUCUUACAAACUGAUCAUUAAACAUGAAAUUGAAAUAUCAUCAAUAACAAAUGUUGUAAUGAAUGUCUAAAGAAAGGCAAGGAAUUGGAUGAAAGUUAGCUUUAGCUGUGCACAUGAAAAUACUAGAUACUCCGCUAAAGAGAGAAAAAUAGAAAUAACAACAUAAGACAAAAGAAUAAGUCUCAAAAAAUGUCAUUUAUCAGUAGCUUAAUGCACAAAAUACUUUUUUUACGUAACUUCUAAAAAUUAUUGAAAAUUGGUUUAAUUAUCAAAUGCAGUUUGGUUGCAUAACAAGGAUGUUAAAACGCUUUGCUUUCACCCAAUUAAAUAUCUAUUAAAAUGCUAAUUUGCUAUCUCUGCGAUAAGUAAUAUCUGCUUUUUUGACAACUCGCUUUCAUUCUCUUGCACGUCAAAGCUCAAUUCAGAUUCAGAUGCCGCGUACGGGGACAAAAUUUGACCCACGGGUGUUGCUGGCAAUUCUAACAGGACUUACAGUAGCUAUUAAAGGGGCUGUGACAAGGUUUUGUAAAUAAACCAAAUACACGGGACAUUGUGGGCCACGUCGAAAACGUGGAAAACUCGGAAAACGCGGAACAUUCGGAACACGCGGAACAUUCGGAAUACGCGGAACACGCGGAAAAGUGAAAUUUUGCUUUCAGCUUCUAGAAUGCAAAUACAUAAACAAAGCAACAGUGUUCUUUCAAAAAUGGAAAAUAAGAACUUGUUUUUAAAGAAAUGAGACUUCUGCUUUUUUCGCAGUAGUAGAUUGUGGCAGCUUCUUAAUCCUUAUGAAUACAUUGUAUUCAUAACACAGCUUUGAAUGGCGUUAGUUGCUCUUGCAGCCACAAAAUCUGUGAUAAACUUUAUUAAAGGCUUAAUAAAUCAGUAUAUACCUCUUUUGUCAUCAAAUUAGCAAAUAUAAUUGAUUAUUAACUCUAUCGACCUAUCGACCUAUCACAGUUCUAUCCGCAUUAUCAAAGGUCUUUGAACGGCUUCUAUAUGCUCAGAUGGUUGACUUCGCGGAAUCGUUCUUAGUUCCCUACUUAUGUGGUUUUCGGAAAGGUUUCAACACACAGCAUGCGCUGUUGAGAUUUAUGGAUAUUUGUAAGAAUUCUCUAGAUAAAAAAGGGGUGGUUGGUGUCUUGCUAAUGGAUCUCUCAAAAGCGUUUGAUUGCAUAGACCAUGAGCUAUUAAUUGCGAAAUUAAAUGCCUAUGGUCUUUGUAAAGAUGCUCAAUCAUUGAUUUAUAAUUACCUGUCCGGUAGAAGACAAAGGGUAAAAUUAAAUGGUUCAUUCAGCACUUGGCGAGAAACCUUUGCAGGUGUACCACAAGGAUCAGUCCUUGGGCCUCUUCUCUUUAAUUUAUAUAUUAAUGAUUUAUUCUUAAUGGUAACUGAUACUGCAGUAUGUAACUUUGCUGAUGAUACUACGAUUUUUGCAGCUGACUGUCAAUUAGAUAAAGUUUUAGAACGGCUAGAAACUGAUGCUCUUAUUUUAUCAAAAUGGUUUCCAGAAAACUUUAUGAAAUUGAAUGCAGGGAAAUGUCAUCUUCUUACUUUUGGAACAAAUCAAGAUGACUUUAAGAUCAAAAUCGGUGAGGCCAUUGUUGAAGAAAGCUCUGAAGAAAAACUGCUAGGGGUGAUAAUAGAUAAAAAUCUUAAUUUCAAAAGUCACGUCUCAAAUUUAUGCAAAAGAGCCAGCCAAAAACUGCAUGCUCUUGCUAGAGUUUCGCCAUUUAUGGGCUCUGAUAAACUGCGUCUCCUAAUGAACAGCUUCAUAAAAGCUCAGUUUAGUUACUGCCCCCUAAUUUGGAUGUUCCAUGACAGAUGUCUGAAUGCUAAAGUAAAUAAAAUCCACGAAAGAGCACUCAGAAUUGUUUAUAAAGACAGUCAUGCUGACUACGAAGCAUUGCUGACUUUGGAUAAUGCAGUAUCAAUUCACCAACGCAAUCUACAGUACUUGAUGAUAGAAAUAUACAAAACCAAACAUAACCUGAACCCUAGUUUCAUGAGUGAGAUUUUUGAAACAAGAAAUGUACAUUAUGAUUUGCGAACUAAAAAUAAUCUUUGCAUCCCAAAAGCCAGGACAACUUCUUAUGGUAUAGAAACUGUGAGAUAUUUAGGUCAAAAACUGUGGCAAACACUACCUCACAGUAUAAGAGAGUCCCAAUCAUUGGCAACAUUUAAAAAAGAAAUAAGAGCACACCCUAUAGAAUGCGACUGUAGAUUGUGUAAAAAAUUUAUUGCUGGGUUAGGUUUUAUUUAGAACAUUAUACCUUAAACCUUUUUAAUAUUGUAUCAUAUAUUUUUAUUUCAUACUAACUCUUAUUAGAUAGUUGGCCUUAAUUAGCUUCUUUAUAGCUAUCAACCGUUCAUUUAGUACGCCAACUUUAAACAAAUUAUUUAUUAUUAUUUAUAUAUUAUUAUUAAAGGUUUCCGCGUUUUCCGCGUUUUCGAUUUUCACCCUCGUCUAAAUCGAAAAAGCAGAAAACGCGGAAUUCUCAUUCCUUUAAAAAUAGGUUCUUACAUUUCAAUUCUUGGAAGAGCUCUGUUGCUUUGUUUAUAUAAUUACAUUCUAGUGGCUUAAAGCAAAAUUUAACUUUUCCGCGUGUUCCGCGUGUUCCGCGUGUUCUGCGUGUUCUGCGUGUUCUGCGUGUUCCGCGUUUUCGACCUGGCCGACAUUGUGCGUUUUUCCACAUUGGAAUAAUGGCAGAUGUUGCUCCGGUGCUUUAAUAUGUUCGAUAAAUUGUAUUUUAAGAGUGUGUUUACCGAAAAUGGAAAGGACAAUUACUAUAUUUCCACACUUGUACUGACUAUCUACACGAAAUGUGUAAAGCAAUUGGUCUAGGCCAAGAAAAAGAAGCUUCAUUCAAUCAAUGGCGAAGAUAUUUCGUUUCUCUUGGUGAAUUUAGAUGGUAUUAGACACUUUACAACAAAAUGAUCACUCCAAAAUUGUCCUGCACCCUUCAAUUGUCCUGCAUCCAUCAUAAUUCGCACCGGUAAGGUAGGUUUUUUGGUGUCGUUUCGGCCCAUUUCUGUAAACUGCUCCCUUCGAGUUGCUGUAUCAAGGCUGUAAAAGUAGCCUUUGUUUUUUGCAUCGCCAUCCUCUAUCCAAAGAAACAUGGUAAUAAGAUUGAAGAAAGAUCCUUUAUUAUUCGUUUUUCAUAAAACACACAAAAAUGCAAAAACUUCGCACGAUGAGCACGGAUACAAAACACUGACUUCUUCCAUAUUGAUUUUCCUAUUGAACACCGCUUGUUUCACCCAAACAACUUUCGCUCAACUGGCGUGUUGCCACGCGGGAUGUCCCUUGUGACACAGCCCCUUUAAUUAUCAGUGCUGAGUGUUCAAAAGUAUCGGAUGCAGUGAAUAUAAUAAAGAUCAUCCCCUUUGAUACUAGCAUACUUUGCACGGAGAAAUUAUCACGCGGAACACAAACUGUGCAAAUCUUACAGAACAUCCUACGGUAAUUUUUGCAAGAUUUGUUCGGAAAAGCCUAAAACUUAAAAGUUUCGUUUUAUAUGUCACGCGCUAAUACUGUAAUAAGGAACUCUCUCUUUCGCGCGAAAUAUCCACCGCGCAACAAUCUCCCUCUUGAGCCUAUAUCCACCAACAUCAGGUUAUCAAAUAAUAUUUGUCUACAUCUCUUUGAACUCAUUUGAUUUUAUCUGCCUUUUUCGGCAUUAACAUUCAAAACAGUCUAAACAAUAGAAGUUUGAAAACGUGCUUUUUGGAUGUGUUUACUUUUUGAAUAAGUGGUUUAAACCCCAAGGUAUCAAUUUUGCAGACAGAUUCACUUUAAAUGAUGACACCAGAAACAAUUUUUCAUCUUUUUACAAGAAAAUUCAAUGAGCCAAUAUUUUGAAGCAGCCGAAUGUUUACAUACUACUAAGAUCCUGAAUUGCAAACUUUUCGCGAUGAUACCUAUAGAGCCACCUGCAAUCAUAUUCAACGGCAUCUCAGUUUCAAUUCAGCUUUCUGGAAAUAUCGCAGCACUUCUGUAGUUUGGUAAAAGGAAGGAAAUUUCGUUUUCUGGCUAUGUCAUCAAUAGUUUGAUUAGAUUCGUCACCUUCUAAUUCUUGUGUUCCUUGGCUACAAUUGGUUUUGCCAAUAUUUCAACCGUGGAAUGAGUUACACGAGCAGCUGUUACGUUUGAAAUGUAAAGCAUCCAUUUCUUAAGAUUGCACACACUUCAAGGUUUCCGUCUAUGAAAUAUUUGCUUCCUGCUGAAAGAAAAUCUGGACCUGGUUGAAUUACUACUUGCAAAAUGAAGCAGUGUUUCCAAAUUUGCUGUAUCAUACUUCUUACAUUAUGUUUAUUUGGUACUGCCGCAUCCUAUUCUCUCAAUAUUACAUUUUGGCAGAACAAACCAUACUUGUUUAUGGAGUCGGGACAGGUGCAAGGUACAUUCAAAAGAUUAAUGGCUGGAUUUAAGUCAAAAGAAUGCGAGCCAGACGGAUUCCAAAUCAAUUAUGUGGAUGAGAAAAAGACUUUCUCGGAUCUUUUGGAGUCUUUAAACUCAAACACUUCUCAUUUUGGGGAAUAUAAUGAUACAAUAAUUGCUUACUUGCCUGUCUUACCCACAACAAGCAUUGAUCAUGCCUUGUAUCAUAAUCAUGAUAUGUAUACAAUACUUCAGAGUCCUGGAUAUACACUGGUUGUAAAUUCGUUGAUGCUGACAAAAAUGUACAGAAUCAUCGUAUUUGGUUUUUUUGAAAGUGCUACGUUGUUGAUUACACUGACUUGCAGUACGUUAGUCUUUGGCGGUAUUGUAUGGUUCUUGGAACGAAAGCAGGGCUCAAACGAUACAGACUUUGCAUACCAUUUUGUACCAGGACUCUGGGAUGGAUUUUGGUGGGCUGCAGUCACUGGAACAACAGUUGGGUAUGGUGACAAAACACCAAAAACUCCAGCUGGUAAAGCUGUAGGUCUGGUGUGGUUAAUAACAAGUUGCAUUAUUCUGGCGGCAUUUGGUGCCAUCAUGACGAGUUCUGUCACUACGGAAACAAUUUCGAUAGCUGGGAAAAAAAUUGCAUACCUAAACAAUACAUACUGUUCAGAAGCUAUCAAAGAAAAUGCAGGAAUUCCAGUGGUUACAAAGACUGUGGAAGAGGCAUUGGAAUUGGCAAGAACAAUUAAAUUGUUUGGAGCUUUGAUAGAUACCCACUAUAUUUCAAGCAGACAGGAUGAGCUUUUUGAAAAAGGCAUACUCAUAGAUCAGAGGUUUCACAAAGAAAAACUUGAUAUCAGAAUGUGGUCAAAGAAGAUACCCAGCGCAAAAAUGAACAAAUGCUUUCAGGAAUUUUUCAAUUUUCUUAACAAUUCUUUGUCGCAGAUGCCACAUAUAGAGCCACGUCUCAAGAAUAACAGACACUGGACUUUAAAAGAAAGAAUUGGUGCGGCGGGACAUGGCCUGUUGGUAGUAUAUUGCCUCAUUGCAGGCCUCGUUUUCUUAUGGCUGUUAAUUGGCCUGAUAGACCAUCUUAGAGCAAAGAGGAAACAGAGAUUGAAGAAGGUGGAUUGUAAAAAGGCUGAGAAUGGUAAAAACCCUGAAAUGAACGCAGAUUUGAUUUAUCAGAAGCUUGAAAACAUCAGUAACGAGCUUGCAGAUGUUAAGACAUGGGUCAAAAACAUGGAACAGAGACAAUCUGAAUUGAAGCAGGACGGGGAGAAAAAUGAAUUCAAGAUUCACACGUCAUCAUCCAUGUGCUUUGGUGACAGUAACAUGAAGAACGAGCAAGAAGAGAACUGUACUCAAGUAGACGAACACAAACUUUAAGGUUUCUCUGGUAGAAGAAGCUAGCAUAAACUCUUCUGUUAUUCGGAUUUAUCACGUUUUGUUUCCUUCGCUACUUUUUAGAUUCACACAUGGCGUGCUAAGCACUUUAAAAAAUGAAAUGUAAUAUUUGAAAUUUUAAUUGUCUUUAUACUUUUUAUUUGAAAGCCUGUAUCCUUUUGGCAGCCACUGGAAGGGGAACUGCUUUAAAAGAUAAAUGUUUUGUUCAUUUCAAUUAUUGUCUUUUUCAGAUGGCAAAGAUAUUGCAAAUCUUUUUCUUUCGCUUAGAAACAUUUAGUGCCAUUCGUCUAAAGCACAAAAGGUGUUUUUAAAAAAGUUGUUGCUAUAUUUUUUUUUUCUCGUCCAACUAGGAAAAUGGUGUUAGAGCAAAAGAAAUAUUUAGCACGAUUAGUCUGAAAGUAAAGGAAAAACAGUUUAAUAAUGGGGGAAGGAUAUAUUCUUAUGUGGCAUUUUGCCAUAUUUAUUAUGCUGUUAACUUGUAGCUUUUAUGUUCUGUUUUAUUUCAUACAAAUACGUCACCGACUCGAAAGCUCUUUAGAUUUUUUUCAUAUGUCCGUGAGCACUUUUUCAUUACCUUUGAUGUAAUUAUCAACAACCUAAAUGUAUCUUGAUGAUUUUUUUUAAAUAUAUCAUCUUUAUGUCCAUACAAAUUUGCAAUUUAUUGCUUAAUAGAUAUGUGUAUAUAUAUGAAAUGAAAUAAAAAUAAAAAUGAAAUGAGAGAAACGGCGACAGCAAAUGUUGCGGCAGUGAGGCAGGGCACCGUCAGACAAAAAACGACAAUGGAGGGGUAAGGAACAUGUUAGCACGCACAGCAGCCUCUUUUACUGGAAAUAGAAAGCAACCCUGGUGUAAUCUUAUGUUUAUGUUUAUCAACUUAUCUUUA